GUUGACCUUAUUAAAAUGUAUAAUUAGGCCUAUUAUAAGUGCUUAAUGCGAUGACAUUAAAAUAAGAUGUCAAAGAUUUGUGUUUUGCUGCUUUUCAUCCUUUAUUUAGAGAAAGGCACUGGCAGUGAUCCGUGUUUUUCCUCCACCUUGAUUCAAGAACCAAGGAGAAAUGUUGGUAACAACCGGACGUCUGAUCUGUGUGAUCGUCUGCUAGCUGAAGGCUGGUAUCGAUUCCAGAAUGCGGAAAUAGCAUUCACGAACUCGUGUAUACCAAGGUACCACUGUGGCACUCACAUACCGCUUUGGAUACAGGGAACUAAUUAUCCAUCUGUUAGUGAUGGUAUGGUGAUACGACAUGUCUGUGGCGACAUGGUCUCUAAUGAUAACAACUGUUGCGACUAUCGACGUGAGACUGCAGUGAAAAAUUGUGGGCACUAUUUUGUUUACUACCUACGACCUUCAGAGGGAUGUUCUAUGGCAUACUGCACAGACAAGAUUCCACUUUGUACUGGAUCUAAAUAUUCCAAGACAGGAUUUCCACCUUGCACAGAUGCUUAUCCAGUUACAACACAACCACCGUACCUUAGCAAUCCUGUUGUUACAACAACAGAUUUCGAAUUUAAAUGUCAUAUUCCGUAUCCGCCAAACAAACAGGAUGCCGUAUUUGUAGUCACGUGGUUAAUUGAUGGCAAACCAGCACAAAAUAUUCCUAAGCAAACACUUUCUGGUAGUCAAAGGGAAGCCACUCUGCCGGGAGAAUCUGUUGAGGGUCAUCUCAACACGGACCUAUCAUGCUCUGUGAUAUCUGCUUUCACAAACAACCAAACUGGAGGGCUCAGAUCUCCACCAAUAAGCAGCAAUAGUUAUUAUGUUGGUAUAACGUACAGUAAAACACGUGUCACUGUCAGCGAGAAGUCACCAGAUCAAAAAGUUACACUAACAUCUACCAUACCAAUUAUAUGUAGAAUACAUGGUCAGAAAGAUUGUUCUUUGAACUUGUUGGUCACUACUGACAACGAGAAUAUAUCACCUAGCACGUGUCGCGUGACACUCAAGCCGACAGACUGGAACUCUACAACAAGUACUGCACAGACGUCAUUUUUUAUCGGUACGGCACCAAGUUUUACAGGGACAUCAUCUUCCAAUUCCGCUGUUCACAUAGACGUCAGUCAAAUACCCGGUAGGGAGUGGAACAACUUGAAAUUGCCAUAUAUUGCGGUCAACGCAAUGUCCAGCAGACCUGGAGCCCAGUGUUUAUCUGUUGGUGACCCACAUUAUAGAACAUUCGAUGACAACAAACAAAAGUAUUCUAACUACCGCAUUGGACAAUAUACCUUGGUGAGACAAAAGAGAGGUUCAUUUAAGGUUGAAACGCGAACUUGGAAAAAGCCAGGAGGCAAACCGUCGUUUAACUGCGCAGUCGCUGCACGAGAAAGAAAUGACGUCGUAGUUGUGGACAUGUGUGAUGGACCGUUUGGGAAAACCUAUCCAAAAUUUGAAAUCAAGAAUCCAUCGAUGUUCGAAAAUAAAACCGAGAUUGUCAAAGACCCUAGUGGAAACCAAUAUGUUUUUAGAUUCUCAUCGGGUGCAGUAGUCAAAGUACAAGCUCUGCACACGCAAAGAGGGCAACUUCUCAACGUAUUCGUCAAUGUACCAGGAACAUUUGCCCAUGACACUGAAGGUUUAUGCGGCACAUUUGAUGGCAAUCCUGUUAAUGAUCUACAACACAGCAAUGGUCAUAUAGAUUCUUUUUCACGGUUUCCAUACCCUUUCAUUGAGUCAUGGAGAAUACCCGCAGGCACAAGUUUAUUUGAAAAGGCCGAACCACUUCCGGUUACAAACACACAGAAGGAUUACUGCACGUGCAUCAAGCAGACGAAUAAACUACAGUGCAAUACUCAUACAGCAAUGCCCUCGAUAAAGGACCUCUGUACCGGAUGUUCUCAUAUGAACCCAGUCCCGACGCCACAUCCAACGACGUCUUCUGUCGGGGUCACCACCACUUUACCUCCAGUCAGUCAUAAAACUUACAACUACCCGCCUCCAACGGAACAACCGCAGCAAACACCGUUCAUUUCAACACCACAAGCGACUCAAUAUUGCUUCGAGCUCCUUAACAAAUAUCCUUCCGCAAAGAAAUGUAUAAAUGAUAUAUACCAGAUGCAGUACACAGAAAUCAUCGGCAUGUGCGUAACAGAUAUAGAGCUGACCGGAGAUAAAGCUAUGGGUUUAUCAGCGUUGUCUACUAUGUUGGAGGACUGCGGCUUUCAGGCUCUCAAAGACCACAAUAACAUUGUCAAUGGUACAUUCGUUACACCACCGGAAGCCAAACUAUGCCCAGGAGCGUGCUCUGGAAAUGGAGAUUGCCAAGAUGGUAAUUGCGCAUGCGCACCAGGAUUCGAAGGUUCUGACUGUUCUAUCAACACGACACAGACACCAAUGAUAAUGGAAAUAUCUGGUGGCAGUACGUGUGACUCACAGAUAGAAGACUGUUACCAUCCUGUCAUGCUGGGAAACAACAUGAAAACGAACACCACAAGAUGUAAUAUCAGAAAUGUUCAUUAUUCACAGUUCGGUUCGAGUACAGUGGAUCUGACGGCUACCCAGAUUAGCGCCGACUUCAUGUCCACUCAUCACGUGACCUGUCCUCUACCAAAACGCUUGAAUUACGGGACCGGCAUAGCAGUACAGGCUUUUAUGUUAACGCUUACAAAUAACGGAGGGGCAACCGAGGGAAAGCAGCACGUGUAUUACAUCUAUAACUCGAAAUGCAUGAUGUGUGAUCAGCAGGGCACGUGCACAGUGAAGUUUGAUGCAUGUAUGAUAGAGAACAAGUGUUAUGUGUACGGUGACUUCGACGACUCAGAUAACCAGGGUUGGUGUAUACCGGCGGUCAGUAACACACGGUGGUCAAAACAGGCACCGACGACGACGGCAGCAACAUCUACAUCGCAUCCGACGCCAGCACUGACUUCAUCGAGAAUACCAGCGCAAGGUGUAGAAAGUGGCAAUAACUACACAGCUGUAGGCACCGGAUGUGGCUGUUACUUCGAGCCGACGAGAUCAGAUUGUGCGUGCUGUAAGAAUUACGGUUGUCCGUGCGAUGCAGCGAACAAGCACGUGUGUUAUGACUGCAUGAACCCAGACAUGUGUAAUGCUAAUCAUUGAAUAUGACCGACAGAAGUUUUAGUAACAAAAAAUUACUGAAGUUCUGAAUGAGCUUACAGAUAUAUAAAUAUUUUGCAUAAUCUUA